UUCGAUCCCACCGUGUGGGCGAGCAACCAGCUAUGGAGCAGAUACGUCGGUAAGGGUCAUCAGCUGCUCUGUCUCAUGCUGGCUUCGGACGAAGUUGCUGGAUUUCUCCUGGAGGACACGAGACAGCCGCCUUCAGCUGCUAGUAGAUGGUCGGGCGAUCUAACUGGCGCAUUACGGCUGUGGGGCUGGCAUCACGCCGACACGCCUCAAGGCGAGGAUUGCAACUUUGAGUGGGAAGGGUUGGAGGAUGCUUUCGAGGGACUGGGCCUCGACUAUGGGCCAAUGUUCGACGAGAGAAAUAAAGAUAUCGGCGGAGAGAAUGAGUGCUUCUCUAUUGAACAUUGGAACCGUGAUUUAACCUUCCCUGAAGACGUCGACCUUGACCCGAUACCUAUCAUCGAGCAGAGGUACUAUGUCAACGGCAAAGAGUACAGGGAAACAGGCGCAACCUACUUGUUUGCCCUUAACAUGGCGGGCGGAGCGAUCAUCGGAAAAAACAUCCUGAGUCCGCGUGCUGCUGUGCAAUACUCGAACAGUUGGGGUCACCAAGCACGGCCUGGAGAGCUCCCUGAGCUGCAGCAUCUUUCCGACAUCUACUGGAAUUAUUGGAGAGACGGUAACCCUAAUAUCAGACACCUUCGUAUCUAUUGCGCCACGCAUAUCAUCAACGAUCACACUCUUCUCCUUGUCACUCGUGCAUUCCGGAAUAGACGCAAAUUUGCUUUGGAGAUUUGGCCGGGCGUCAAAUUCGAGAUGGGUAGCGACGAGUAUCUGGCAUUGAUUGCCUCUCCCAUUGGGGCGACUAUUUCCCACUUUCUCAUCAGCCACAAAGCCGACCUCGGUAUCAAAUACAUCACGAGCGUCAUAGUUAUCUGCGGUGGACAUAAUCAAGACACUUGCGCAAGAGGCAUGGAGAAUAUGCACAUAUUCUUCACAAUUGAAGAUGUGCCU